GGAAGCCAGCGUCGAGCUUCCAUCUUGCCGCGGAUAGCCACGAUUCACUGCUUGUCUCCGCUCUUUCGCGGGGUUUAAAAGCCACCAAAUCAACUCACUGCAACACAUCAUCUCUGGAGUCGUUCAGAGCUACGGCCUAGUCCCAACGGCACCCGACUUGUAUUCAAGUCUCCCUCACGCGAUUUCUCUCCAGGUGUGGGUAAGCGGGUAAAGACUAGGUUUCGUACGAGCGAGAACCACUAUCAACAUGUCGGCCGAUCCUCAGUCUGCUUUUGUAGAUGAAGACAUUUCAUCUGGCUCUGCAGAUGACAUGACAAUGCUGGACGGACAAGGUAAAAGCCGGCCCGGAGCUCUAAACUCAGCGCGUCGCAAGAGAAGCCGCAAGGCAACAGGGGAUGCUAUAGUGGAUGCCAUGCUGGAGAUUGCUGCCGCGUCAAAGAUGAGGGCAGCUGCAACGAUGAGAAACGAGGAGCGUUUUGCCAUAAGCAAAUGCAUAAAGCUACUCGACGAGAUGCAAGGCGUUGAUCAAAAUGUCUACUUCUAUGCGCUGGAUUUGUUCGAGAAUCCCAAUGCCAGAGAAACAUUUGUGUCUCUCAAGAACGAGAGGCGGUUGAUGUGGCUGAGCGGCAAGUUUGCAGCGUCAUCUAAUUCGGCUCCGUAAGAGGUAUUUAAUGAUCAGGCCCUGAAAAAUGAAAAAAUAAAAUUGGCCCGGUCCAAAAUUUACAGUUUGUGCCCUAUUUUAUAUUUUUAGAAUACUUUUGCUUUAAAUUUAUUAACAAAUUUAAAAAUAUAGUGCCCUAAAUUUUAAGGGCCCUGUGCGGUUGGCCACUUUGCACACCCUCCAGGGCCACCCAUAUUAAUGAUCACAUCAACUCUAACUUACUUCCAUACAGAGCAACUGAUGAUAAUUUUACCUCCAGAUCCUCUGGAUGUUUGAUAAAUCAAUAUUUUGCUUCAAU